CGGCGCAUGCGCGGAACCCUCCGCCGGGCCCAGCGGCGGCGGGGCCUGCCCUGCUCUGUAGGCCUGUGUCCAUGCACAUGACAUAUCUAUAGGUGCAGCCGUGUCGUACCUGGAAGCAGUUCUGACCCCAUAAGUUGAGAUCCAUGGCUACAGUGCUAAUGUGCCGAAGAUUCCCAAGGCUGAGCAGGGUGAGCACACUUGUGACCACAGCCACACGCGAGGCCGAGGGCGGGAGCGGCAAAGGGAAGCAGCAAAAGGAAGAGAGCCUGGAAAGAGUCGACGGCGGAGCCGACCCCGCGGCCACAAUCCAGCUGGUGAACCCCCUGCACUACAGAGUUGUAUAUAAUCCAGCUGCCUAUGCCAAAAGCAGAGCUGCCUCCCAGCAGCACCCUGCCAGCAGCAGUGACCAGGCUCUUAGUGAUGAUUUCACCACCUCUUCCCAAGCCUUGCCACCACCUAUCAGAAGUGCCCUGCCAAAGGCCAAGGCCAAACUGCGCCCCCAGCAGACUGUCUCAGCCUAUUUCUCUGCGCUGCAAACCAAGGAGGAGGCCGAGAAGGAAAGACAGGAGCUGCAUGACUCCAAGGAGGACCCUCGUAUGUUUCAGAAGGGGAGGCCUGAGUAUAGAUCUAUCAGCUGUGACAGGUUUGAGCCAGUAGAGCCCCUUUCUGUAGAGGAAGGUGACUCCAUUCUCCACAGUAUGGCUGCACACAAGGACAGCCUGAGCCCGGGAGCUGUCACCGACUCUUUCCGCAAGCUGAGUCGUUUGCUGGUGGGGCAACAUGCAGCACUGGUGACCAAAGCCCAAUUUGGUAUGCUGUGUGGCUGUGCCAUGGAGAACAUCGGGUCGUUCAGCACUUCAGAUCUCAUUGAUGUCUUAAAGGCUUGUGUCUGGCUGGCUGUUCCACCCAGCCACCCUCUGCUGAAUGCAUGUGACAGCGAGUUCUGCAGGCGGGUGUGGGACAUGGACCUGGACCAGCUGCUGCUGGUGGCCGACUGCUGGCGCUGCCUGGAGCGUAGCGUGCCUUCCUACCUGAGCAUUUUGUUCAGCUAUGCCAACAUGCACUGGAAAGACCUCACCUUGCCCCAGUUUGUCCAGCUCCUUUAUAUCAUAGGCGAAGGCCGGAGGUCACCUGUGGACUUGAUGCAGAAGGUGGAGAGCACGAUUUUGAAGUACUUGGACUCCUUCACCUUGGAGGAAGUGGGUGCUGUCUGCUUAGGGCUCUUCAAGUCCCUCAGUGGUAUCUCUGACCAUGUCAUGAGAAGAAUUGCAGACAAAGUCUCACUGCAGAUGGAGGACAUGAGCACUUACGCUCUGGUGAACGUGCUGAAGCUCCUGCGCUACACCCGCAUAGACCACUUGCCCUUGCUGAAGGAGCUUGGGAAGGUCAUUCCUGCUCGCAUUCCCACCACAAACAUCCAGGGCAUCAUGCACAUCGCUCUUACUUGCUCAUCCUUACACUACUUUGAUGAAGGCAUUAUGGCUGCUGUAGCCACCUCUCUGCCCUCAAAGGUGACUUACUGCCGGAGCAAAGAUGCCGCCAAGUUCUUGUGGUCGUAUGGAUGCCUGGACUACGAACCUCCCAACAAGGAGGAGUUUUAUUCCAGCCUGAUAGAGCAGAUGCACAGAAAACUGCAUGAAUUUAGGAAGUUUCCAGAGCAUCUCCUUACUGGUUUACUUGGCCUGGCAUUUGUCAAACGCUUCCCAGAGGAGCUGAUAGACUAUGCUUUGAGGGAUAACUUUGUCGAGAAAACGAGAGGCAGCAAAUACGAGCUGCAAAAGGACCUGUUCACCCUUGGGAAGAGUGUUGAAAUCGAGUGCCCGAGCUACCAAGGCAGCCGCCUUCCACCUCAGCUUUAUCAAGAGAUGACUGAGAUGGUUUUGAAUUUUGCAGAGCAAGAAAUCUAUGUCAGGCCUGAAAUUGUGGAAGCCACAUCCCUUCUGGAGAGCAUGUUAGGUGGCAUCGAGUAUGUGAAAAAUCACAUGAUCCUGCCUCACACCAGAUCGAGCGAUCUGGAGGUUCGCUUGGCCAUGGAUGGACAUCCCAUCCCUUUCAACCUCAAGGACCAUGUUAGGGGUAAGACAUUAAAAGACAUUGAGAUUAGUCUAACAGAUGACUUAAUGACUCAGCUCAUAGAAGGGAGCUCUCAUAGCCAGUCCCCUCUAGGAGUGGGAAACGAAGCCAGCACCCCUGGUCAGGACAGGAGAGAAGCAGCACAACCACCAUGCGCCGGGGAUCAUGCUUCGCUUUCACGUGGAGCUCUUGCCACACCCACCAGCUUGGAAGUGGAGCUUAAAUCAGGGCCUAAAUCAGCCCUCUCUUCUCUUGGGUGGAAGCAGCAGCCUCGGGAGGUGAAGCUGGCCAUCCAGGUGUCCAACAGAAACCACUACUGCUACUGCUCCAAGCGCCUCUUGGGGCUGCACCGGCUGAAGCGGCGGCAGCUGCAGCAGCUGGGCUACGUGGUGGUGGAGCUUCCCUUCUGGGAGUGGUUCCCUCUGCUCAAGCGCACGCGCCUGGAGAAGCUGAGCUACCUGCAUUACAAAGUGUUUGACCCAGCGCUGCUCAGCAAGGCUGUCUAGCUUGGGGUGGCCGACUCAGAGCCUGCCCCAGCCUCCCAGAGGCAUCUCCUCUUUAGAUAGCUGGUUCAAGUGGUCUCUGAGGGUUGGCUCAGUGUUUGACAGGUGCUCAGGCUGCCCUGCUUUGUUAGGCAGUGCUGCUCUGCCAGCAGUCCUGUGUCCUAUGCUCUCUUCUUGUAUGUGGAUUCUCAGAUGCUUUCAUGACAAAUAAAAUCUGCUGUCCUCUUGAUUUUUCUCUUGAUUGCUUUCUUCUCUACCCUAAAUUGAAGUGGAUGGACUGGGUGAUUCUGUGAGAGCAGAGCAGCGAUGUUUGGGAAAGAUUUGGGAUCAGGUUUAGUGAUGAAGCUGAGCUGGGUGCCAGGAACACACGUGUUUCCCUACUGUUUCCAUCACUAUGGGGCUGGGGACUGUGGGCAGGCAGGCUGAGUUUCUCUUUGAGGAGCAGUGCCAAAGCAGGACAGUGAAAGCUGCAUGGUGAGGGAGAAGCUGGGGCUGAGGGUUGGGGUGCUCUGACCCUGAGAUGUUCAUUUCAUGCCCAGCUCUCAGUGCCUGGCAGAGAGGAUUUGCAUCCUGUUGAUAAUUGCUGCUGAAUUGUGGCCAGCACAUACACCUUGAGGUGGUUCCCCUGCCUGGGUGAUGAUGAGUUCUGUGCAAAAUGGAGCUGUAUGGAGCAUCUGCUCUGGAGGCUGUUGGUUUCACCCUCUGUCACAUGCCUUACUGUGUUGUUUUCUUGCUCAGAUGUGGCCCAGUGUCUGAUGUCUGCAUGCUGUUCUGAGAAUAUAGUUGCUGGCUUCUUCCUGAGCUUUUAGGUGGUAGUUCUUCCUGAAGGAGGGAUGGGUUUUGGCCAGGCUCUAUAUCUGAGCAGAGCAACAGAUGAAGCUCCCAUUC